AUGUGGUUACAAAAAAGGUCCCCCGAUUUCAAACCCAAGGAGGAUCUCCCGGUUACUCCAGGUUGGGCUCUGUUCCCAGGUUUGCCAUUUCACAUUAAUAACUGGCAUUAUAUUAAGCAAAUUUCGAUCUCAGUUGGUACAUCCUUAGCACUAGAUGCAACCACUAUUGGUGGAACACGACCAAGUAUAGAGAAAAUUAGAGUCGAGGUCGACUUACUUAAAACACAUCCGGAUAGUGUAUGGGUUGGUAUUGAUUAUGAAGAUUUCACUUUAGGAGUUUAUACCCAAAAAAUUAAUUAUGAGGGUAUUCCAAAAUAUUGCAGAGAAUGUAAGAAAUUGGGACACAAUACUCAAAAUUGUAGAGUUCUUGAAAAAAAGAAAGCUUUGGCCGAAGAAGAAGAUAAUACCAAGAACAAUGAAGCCAAAAGCUCAAGUUUUGGUUCUGAAAAGGAAAAAUAUGAAACUAAUUUUGGACAGGAAAAUGAUAGAAGUAAUGACACUAAGCCAAAGCAAGCUAAUGGAAAUAGUGACCUAGAAAGACCAAAUAAUAGCAAUGGUAACUACAACAUGAGAUUCGAGGCUGAGAACCUGAAGGGAAGUGAAGAUGAUAUGGAAAAGAAAAGAAAAAAUAAGAAGAACGAGAAAAAGAUAAUGCAAAAAAAGAACAUUGAAAAUCUAGUGAAAAAGGAGUUAAGUCAAAGCUAUAAAGGAGAAAAAGAGCUGAGCAAGACGAAGCCUGAAGAGGUGUCUCAGAAAAAACCCUCAGAUAUCCCUUUCGCGAUUUUAGAAGUCGCAAUCGCGACUGGUCAAAAUAGACUGAGAAGUCGCAUACGCGACUUGCUGAGUUGCGUCUAUGAUAGGUCAGGGAAUUCAGAGAUGUCGCGAUCGUGA